GUUCUGCUCUGCUCAUACUCUGCCUCUUCUCAAGCAAAUGGUCUCACUGAACAGAGCAGCCUCUGCUUUACUUGUAAAUCUGAACUAAGAGCAAACUGAUGUCUGCCCUUUGUUCAGUCCGGUUCAUUUCGACAAUUUCUCAGCCUGACAGAUCGAAGUCGAGGGGGAUCGAAGCAUAAUUUUGGUUCUCUGUGGCGUUGCUUUCUGAUCGCAGAGGAGGAGUCCUUACUCGACGCGAUCGGCCAUGGAGAGCACGAUGAAGGAGCUGCGGGGAGGGGAGAGCGUGCUGGAGCCGAAGUCUAAUGUCGGGGGAGGUGUGGAGGACGUCUACGGUGAGGAUCGCGCCACUGAGGACCAGCUCAUCACCCCCUGGGCCUUCUCCGUUGCCAGUGGGUCUUCUUUGCUGAGAGAUCCUCGCUACAACAAGGGGCUCGCUUUCUCUGAGAGUGAGAGGGAUGCUCACUAUUUGCGCGGACUUCUGCCUCCUGCAGUUUUAUCCCAACAACUUCAGGAGAAGAAGCUGAUGAUGAAUCUCCAGCAGCAUCACCUUCCAUUGCAGAAGUAUAUGGCCUUGAUGGACCUUCAGGAGAGGAACGAGAGGCUUUUCUACAAGCUUCUUAUUGAUAAUGUCGAGGAGUUGCUUCCAAUAGUUUACACCCCAACAGUGGGUGAGGCUUGCCAAAAAUAUGGGAGCAUCUUCCGGAGACCACAGGGCCUUUUCAUUAGUUUAAAAGAAAAGGGUAAGAUUCUUGAGGUACUGAAGAACUGGCCCGAGAGGAGUAUUCAGGUCAUAGUUGUGACGGAUGGAGAAAGGAUUUUGGGGCUUGGUGAUCUCGGGUGUCAGGGAAUGGGAAUUCCUGUUGGCAAAUUGGCUCUAUACACUGCUCUUGGAGGAGUUCGUCCUUCUGCAUGUUUGCCAGUGACAAUCGAUGUGGGAACCAACAAUGAGCAGCUGUUGAAGGAUGAAUUUUAUAUUGGACUCCGACAAAAAAGGGCAACCGGGCAGGAGUAUGAUGAUUUACUAAACGAGUUUAUGUGUGCCGUCAAGCAGAACUUUGGAGAAAAGGUUCUGAUACAGUUUGAGGAUUUUGCUAAUCACAAUGCUUUCAGUCUUUUGGCGAAAUAUGGGACAACUCAUCUGGUCUUCAAUGAUGAUAUACAGGUAAAAGGACACUUUUAUGCACGUUUCUAUGAUUCGACUUCUUUCAGAUCUAGUACUACUGUUGUGCGUGGUUUCCUCUUUCUUCAGGGGACAGCAGCUGUGGUUCUUGCUGGAGUCGUUGCAGCUCUCAAGAUACUAGGUGGCAUCUUGGUCGAUCAUACUUUCUUAUUCCUCGGUGCUGGUGAAGCUGGAACGGGCAUAGCGGAGCUGAUAGCUCUUGAGAUGUCGAAGCAGGCAAAAGCUCCUGUCGAGGAGACUCGCAAGAAGAUCUGGCUAGUUGAUUCAAAGGGUUUGAUUGUUAGCUCUCGUAAGGAUACACUUCAGCACUUUAAGAAGCCGUGGGCUCAUGAGCACGAACCUGUCAAGGAUCUCUUAAAUGCUGUCAAGGCUAUCAAACCGACAAUCUUGAUAGGAUCGUCAGGAGUUGGAAGGACUUUUACCAAGGAGGUUAUUGAAGCCGUGAGCUCUUUCAAUGAGAGACCUGUGAUUAUGGCCUUGUCAAAUCCAACCUCUCAGUCGGAAUGUACCGCAGAAGAAGCCUAUACAUGGAGCAAGGGUAAAGCAAUAUUUGCAAGUGGAAGUCCAUUUGGUCCUGUCCGAUAUAAUGGGAAGGAUUUUGUUCCUGGGCAGGCAAAUAAUGCCUACAUUUUCCCGGGAUUCGGCCUCGGUUUGGUCAUCUCCGGAACGAUCCGGGUCCAUGAUGAAAUGCUACUUGCAGCAGCGGAAGGAUUGGCCGGGCAAGUCACGGAAGAGAACAUUGAGAAGGGGCUCAUCUAUCCGCCUUUCCAGAACAUUCGGAAGAUCUCCGCGCACAUAGCAGCCAAAGUAGCUGCCAAGGCCUAUGAUCUCGGCUUGGCAUCGCGACUACCUCGGCCGGAUAAUCUCGUGAAGUAUGCGGAGAGUUGUAUGUACAGUCCUCUGUACCGAAACUACCGAUGAAUUAGAUGACCAAAGUAAAAAGGGAACUGGUCCAAGGCAAACUAUAUAACAGUACUAUGCGUAUGAUAAGAAAAGGGUCUGUAUGAGAACAUGUUUGUCUAGAUACAUACUGAGUUUAAGAACCAGUGAAGUAUUGAAGAGGGCUGUUAUUACUGUCUUGCCAA